AUGGAUCUAUUAAGUUAUGUUGAUCCAGUGCCCGAAACGAAACGAUCUUGUUGGCAAUGUAGAAAAGUAUUUGAUUUUGAUGAAGAUCGUAUACGUCAUUUUCUUAUGUAUCAUUUUCAAAUCGAUGAUGCACGAAAACCGUUCAAAUGUUGGAUUUGUAAAGAGGAAUUUCAAUCUACAACUGGUCAGUUGAAUCAUUUAGUGCAAAAACACUUUCGAAAUGUUUUGGCAAUGAAUGAUGAUCCAUCAGAUUAUUUAAAAGAACAAAUUGAAAUGUUACAAGAUCAAACAAUGGACAAGAAUUCGAUUGAUUCGGUACUUUCAACGGACGAAAAUCCACGAAAAGAUGCAGCUACUCGUCAUGGAAAAACGAUGAUUUGUUCACAAUGUGAUAAAAAAUUUCGAUCGACAAGUCUUUUCACAAAGCAUUUCAAUGCUAAACACUUUCACCUAACUUCCACAAACAAUUCACAUGAUCAGAAACAUCGACUCGAUAAUUUCAAUCAGCAAUUUAUCUGUUGGAUUUGUUCCAACGAGUUUAAAUCGGCCUUUUAUCGGUUAAAACACUUUAUAAUGAACCAUUCGGAAGUUUAUUUACCUAUUCCGAAUAAUCAUCACAUCGACGAGUUAAACAGUGAACAGAUUGAAAAUGACAAUAUUUCGGGAAAGUUUUGUUGGCAAUGUGCAAAGAAAUUCAGCUCGUAUGACGGACAAGUGCAUCAUUUUAUUAAACAACAUUGCCAACUGAUUUUAUCUAUGGACAAUGAUCCAUCAAGUGUUUUAAAGAGUCAAAUGGAAAAAGUACGAGAACUGAUGAAAAGUAAAUCGCCAUUGAAAUGUUCUCGAUGCUCAAAAAGUUUUCAAACAAUGAAUGAUCGUUGUAGACAUUUUACCAUUGAACAUAACAAAUCCAUUACGAUUUCAACUAUGGUAGAAGCACAACAUGUACAGAUUAAUCAAGAAGAAUCACAAGAUUUCUUUGAGAAAAUCUCGUAUUUUUGUGAAAAAUGUCAGCAGCGAUUUCCACGUGCUGAUGAUCAUCUCGAACAUUUUCAAAUUAAACAUUCAAAAGUCAUUUUAUCCUAUAAAACUCUAGGUGAGUUUUUUCUGGAUCCCAGUGUCAUGAAAUGUUCCAAAGCAAUAUCUUCAACAUUAGUUUACAUGAUAUUAGAAUCUACUCGAAAGCAAAUUCCUGUUAUCAAUGAUACGACAAAUCAUUGUCCUUAUCAACAGUGUCAAUUACAACGGAUUAAUUACAACUUCCAAGACUUUUGGUUACAUUUAAUUAAAAACCAUGACUAUGGACAAAUCAAAAUGGAAUGCUGUGAUCCAAUGAGAAUGUAUACUUUAGAAGAAUAUCAAAAACACAUUUUACAUAAUUUAUAA